AUGGCAAGGGAUAGAAACCCGCUAGUAGUGGGUCGGGUUAUAGGUGAAGUAUUGGAUCCAUUCACAAGAUGCAUUGGGCUUAGAGUUACUUACAACAACAGAAGAGAAGUUUCUAAUGGCUGUGAGUAUAGGCCAUCUCAAGUCCUUAACCAGCCUAGGGUUGAUGUCGGUGGCGAUGAUCUUCGCACUUUCUACACUCUGGUUAUGGUAGACCCUGAUGCUCCAAGCCCUAGUGAUCCUAGUCUUAGAGAAUAUUUGCACUGGGCUCGAUCGAUCGGUCGGUCCGUCUCUAGCUAUCCCAGCAUCAGUUAG